CUCAGUCACAUUUCCUUUGUCGGCUCGGUCAGUGUUGUGUGUCUUGUGUGGAGUCAGCAGCAGCCCAACUGCAGCAUGAAGACCCACUGGGUGAGCUACGUGUUGGGAUUCCUCUGCGGGCUUGCCGGGGUAACACUCAGCACCUUGCCAGUCUCCCAAGAACCCCUGUCCAUCUCUCUGAUGAGAGUCAACUCCUCUGCUAAGAUCACGUGCUCCACAUCGCUGCCGGGCCCCAUGGGCUUGUCCCUGUUCCAGGCAUUUCCUGAUAAAACCCCUAUUGUGUAUGUGAACAUUGACAAUGGACUAGUGAACAAGGAGACGUAUGCGACUGCUUUUGAAGGCCGUGUUGCCGUAGCUCAGCAGUUUGGGGAGGGACACAGCGUUACCUUUCAGCUCUCUCUGCUGGGACUGGGGGACACCAACCUGUAUCACUGCGACUGGAACUUCUUCAAGUCAAUGGAGAAACUGCUCAGCCCUGGCACCAUUGUGAUCAUCAGGGAGAAAGACCCAAAGGAACAAUGCGGGGACAACAUGUUUGAUUACAUCCUACUUGCCUUGAGCGUGACAGCGUUGUUUGUUGUAGCAAUCCUCUGCAUCGGAGUGCUGAUCGUGAGAUGCAAACGAUUCAAAAGACGCUUCUCUCCAGCUGGUGCUGCAACACCACCCAGGCCCAGCAGGCCUCAGCAUGGCUGUCCCCACCACCAAGUUCAACAUCUGCCGUACUUAAUCACAUCCUUAAACACGGAUUUCCGAGGGAUUCUGUAACGCUGAGAAUUCGAUGUGAUGGCGACGAUGAUAAGAGACUUUGUCUUGUAACAGUUAUGGGCAACUGUCCAGCAGAUUUAGUGAGGGCAAGGUUUUGCAAUGGAUCAUUUGAGUCAGCAGCUCGCAUGGCAGCCUCAACCCAGCAAAGAUGCCUCACGUCUUGCUUUGCUGCUUUCUAUUUCCUUUUAUACAAAAAAAACGUGUUUUCUUUGCAGGAGAGUUAUUGAGCUACCACCACAUCCUGGCUGGUGGGGUGUACAAAUAUGACGCGUGGGAAGAGUUAACAACCCGCGGAGCAAGCGUUUCUGUCAUGCUUUGUGUUUAAUUAAAUGUGUAUUGAUUUGUUGACUUGUGCAGUAUGCUUGAUGUGGUUCCUUUCAAUUUCCUUUGAACUUUCAAACAAAAGACAGUGUUUUGUCAUCACAUUGAAGACAGCUGCUUUGGUAUUCUGUAAUAAAGUCUUUUAUAAAAAGGCAUCUGUAUUAUAUUUUUUUUGUAUUGCUCUAGUCAGACUUCUAGUCUUGAUGCUGUGACUUAGCUAGAACUUUCUUUUAACAGGAGCCUGAAAUACCAGGUGUAGUGCAGUAGCUGGCGCACGUUGUUCCUGCGGAACCUUACGUCGCGAAUGCCUGUUGUUCCACGGGCCGCUGUUGGCGUGACACACGGCGCAGCCUCGAACAUGUCUGUUUAGACGAUAACACCGCAAUUAACUACGAGUCAAAGUUCACACUCGAGAUAAUAAGGACCCGUGCACGCGGGCGACUGUUAGCAUCAGUUAGCUCCGUGCCGGUCCCCUCUCAGCGCAGGUUGACGUUAGCCGACGUUACGUCAGAACACGCAGCCCGGAAAAGAGAGAUGGUUUUCACCUUGGCUCUUGCUCCCAGUCCGGCUCACUGUACUCGUCUCAAAGCAUAGCCAGGAAUGUUGAGCUGAUCAACGAAUGCCAGCAACACAAGGCAGCGGUUUUUAAACUGUUUCUUAAUCUGAAGCCAGGAGACGUGUCUGUAGCACGGGGAGAAAACGAGCGCCCCACAAAAUGCUGUGUUCCGGGUUGAAGCUGUGGAGCUCAGGGAGAAGUGGCGUUAGAUGGAUAAGUGGACUUCGUGAUGGUAGCAGCACGAAGGUGUGUGUUGUGGGAAGCGGGCCGGGAGGUUUCUACACGGCCCAGCAACUCCUCAAGGCACGGCCGGAUGUUGAGGUGGACAUUUAUGAGCGGCUGCCUGUCCCCUUCGGUCUGGUCAGGUUCGGAGUGGCCCCCGAUCACCCAGAAGUCAAGAACGUCAUCAACACGUUCACGCAGACAGCCAGACAGUCGCGCUGCAGCUUCUACGGCAACGUGGCCGUGGGGACGGAUGUGAGCAUGGAGGAGCUGCGGCAAGCCUACCAUGCGGUCGUGCUGAGUUACGGGGCGGAGGGGAACCGGAGCAUCGGGGUGCCUGGAGAAGAGCUGGCCGGCGUGCACGCUGCCAAGGACUUUGUGGGCUGGUACAACGGGCUGCCCAGCUGCCGAGAGCUGGGACCAGACCUGAGCUGUGAAACGGCCGUGAUCCUGGGCCAAGGCAACGUGGCCUUGGAUGUAGCGAGGGUCCUGUUGUCUCCCCUUGACAUUUUAAAGAGGACUGACAUCACCCAGCCUGCCCUAGAAGCCCUGGCCGAGAGCCAGGUCCGAAGGGUGCUGAUAGUUGGCAGGAGAGGACCCACGCAGGUCGCUUGCACAAUCAAGGAGGUCAGAGAAAUGGUGAAUCUGCCAAACACCGGGCCCGAGAUGAUGGCGGCAGAUUUUGAGGGUGUCGCAGAGGCUCUUAAAGAUCUGCCGAGGCCCAGGAAGCGCCUGACGGAGCUGAUGUUGAAGACGGCCCUGGAGACCCCGGGAGCGAAGGAGCAGCAGAGGCGGAACGGGGCCUCCCGCACCUGGGGCUUUCGAUUCUUCCGGAGCCCCGUCGAAAUCCUAGCCGACUCUGAGCGGGGUGGCGUGGCUGGCAUCCGCCUGGCGGUCAACCAGCUGGAGGGCUCGGGCGACGGAGCCCGAGCAGUGCUCACCGGAGAAGUGGAGGAUGUGACCUGUGGCCUGGUCAUCAGCAGUAUAGGCUACAAGAGCCUCCCCAUAGACCCGUCGCUGCCGUUUGACUCCCGCAGGGCCAUCGUGCCAAACGACAUGGGGCGCGUUCAACAGGCUGCAGGUCUCUACUGUAGUGGCUGGCUGAAAACGGGGCCCACGGGCGUGAUAGCUACCACUAUGAACAGUAGCUUCGACACGGCUCGGUCCAUGGUGGAGGACAUGGAAUCGGGAGCGUUGAACGUAUCUGCUGCCAAGCCUGGUUCCCAAAGUGUCCGCGCUCUCCUCGAAAAGAGAGGAGUGAAACCAGUGAAUUUCGUGGACUGGGAGAAGAUUGACCGUGUGGAGGUGAGCAGGGGCGAAGCUGUCGGGAAACCCAGAGAAAAACUUCUGUCCGUGGAGGAAAUGCUGCUAGCGGCUCGAAGUUAACUGAACAAAAGGAACACUGAGUGACUUCUGUAUGAAACAAGUUACCAUACAGAUGAGGAUCAAGGACCAGCAACAAAAGAAAUGGGUCACUCAACGUGGACGUAAAUAAUUUUGUACACUUACAAAGACUGAGUUGUGGCACUCACACCAGACCCUCUAAUGGACACCAACAACGAUGAACUAUUGUGUAUUGCAUUAUACUGUAUGUAUGUGAAAAAGUAAACGCUGGCUGAAUUUUG